CGUUAUAAGUAAGUGGUUGAAAAACAAAUUAUGAAACUUCAAUAGUGACGAGUAUAUAAGAAGAACAACACUAGCAGCAAAUAAGCACAGGUACAUAUAUCAUCUGGAUAUUCGAGAUCAAUAUGUCUGUUACGGGACUCACAGAAUCGGUCACUCUCCACAAUGGAGUACAAAUGCCAAAACUUGGUCUCGGUUCAUCCCCGCACGGUGGUUACGAGCAUGAUUCUGUCGUUUAUGCCCUUACUGAGGUUGGCUACAGACACAUAGAUACAGCCAAACGUUAUAUGGUGGAGGAAGAAGUUCGGGAAUCUAUCAAGGCAAGUGGAUUAAAACGCGAGGACCUCUGGGUGACAUCCAAACUAUGGCCUACAGGAUAUGGCUAUGAAAAAACUUUGCGUACUUUUCAUGGAACGCUUAAACGAUUAGGACUCGAAUACCUAGAUUUGUAUCUUAUGCACUGGCCAAAUGUAUUGAAAGGAGAUCAGAAGGCUGUCCACUUAGAUACUUGGAGAGCCAUGGAGGAGAUCUAUAACAAAGGUUUGGCUCGGGCAAUAGGUGUCAGCAAUUUUAGUGUUGAACACCUCGAAAACAUAAUUGAGAACGCCAAUAUAAAACCCAUGGUGAAUCAGAUAGAACUACACCCAUACAACAACCCCAAAGAACUGGUCGACUUCUGUAGAAAAGCUCAAAUCCAGCUUGAGGCGUACUGUCCUUUAGCUCGUGCUCAGAUGUUUGAUGAUCCAACACUAGUGAAGAUGGCUGAGAAAUACAAGAAGACAGGCGCGCAGAUCCUCCUCAGGUGGUCCAUACAGAAUGGGUUUGUCACUGUUCCAAAAUCUGUGAAAAAGAAGAGGAUAUUUGAAAAUUCUCAGAUAUUUGACUUUUCCCUCAGUCAGGAGGACAUGGAUGUCCUAAACGGACUAAUAAUUCCAUCUAUUUCACCUCAACCUUAGAGAUUCACAGACGGUUAGAAGACAAUUGGGUCAAGUGGAAAAACAUUCAAUCUGGCAGUGAAUAGCACAGCACGUGGCUCAAAGGAACAUUCUAUCCAGGAACGCUGGGUGUUACUAUAUAAAAUUCUGGGACUUUGUAACAUAGAAUUACAUAUGAUUCAAAUGUACCGAAUGAAGAAAGAUAUAUUAAGAAUUCCCAUUUUGAUUUUUCAGAUUUUGAAGAUGGAAUGUGAACAAACUCUUUAAUCAAUUAGAAAAUAAAGAAUUAAAGUAAGUUUAAGAAGUAAA